AUGGGAAACCUUCCAUCAUCCUACGUCGUAGUUUUGCUGUCUGCCGCCACUGUGGUGUACAUACUCAACACUAUAUGGCGCAGAGCAUCCCACAAGAUUCUGGCCCAACGAGCAGGUUGCAAGCCGGCAUUUACUCGCCCUUACCGGCUACCGCUCGGCAUCGACAACCUGGCUCGCACCAUUUCCUCAAUCCUCAAUAACACGAUGCAGAAUGACGACUUUGUCAUUUACGAAGAGAUCGGCUGCCGCUCGACCUGGCUCCAGAAUAUCCUGGGCGAGUUUUACCACGUAACUGCGGACCCUGAGAACAUCAAGGCCAUGCUAGCAACACAAUUCGACGACUUUGAGCUGGGACCUUUGCGGCGGGAUCAACUCGGACCUCUGAUCGGUCAUGGCAUAUUUACCAGCGAUGGCAAAGAUUGGCAGCAACAGCGGUCGAUCCUUCGUCCGCAGUUCACUCGAACUCAAAUUUCCAAUUUGACGCUUCUAGAGGCCCACGUCCAGCAGUUCUUCCAGCAGUUCGAAAAUGCUCAGGCAGACUCCUGGACACGCGAGGUGGAUUUGGGACCUCUCUUCUUCAAUCUUACGCUUGAUGCGGCGACUGAGUUUCUCUUCGGCCAAAGCGUGGACUCCCAACGCACCUAUCGUAAAACGACUCAGGGAUCUGGAAGCACCGAGAAGUCUGAACAGGAUGGGCUCAGCAGCAAAGACGGCAGCAAAGACUGGUCGUCCUUUGGCCGAGCCUUUGACAGAGCAAAUGCCACCAUUGCUCUCCGAGGGAUGCUCAUGGACUUUUACUACCUAUACAAGCCCAGUUCUUUCGCCAGAGACUGCAAGGAGGUCCAGCAAUUUGCAGACUAUUUUGUCCAACGAGCUCUGAGCCAAGAGCUAGGAAACAAGGACGGAGAUUCCCAGACGGGGGCGUACGUCUUUCUGAGGGAACUUGUGAAGACGACCAGGGAUCCGUACGUGCUACGCAGCCAGCUGCUCAACAUUUUGCUGGCGGGCCGAGACACGACCGCCGGUCUCCUGGGCUGGACUUUCUUCCUGCUCGCCCGUCAUCCCGCAUACUGCAGCAAGCUGCACCGCGUCGUCGUGGAAACCUUUGGGGCCUACUCACCCGACACCUCGUCCAUCACGUUCGAGUCCCUCAAGGCGUGCCACCACCUGCAGCAUCUCCUCUCCGAGGUCCUGCGCCUGCACCCGGUGGUGCCCGAGAACGGCCGCCGCGCCGUCCGCAACACGAAGCUGCCCCGCGGCGGCGGCGCCGACGGGCAGUCGCCCGUCUUCAUCCGCAAGGGCGAGGACGUCAUCUACAGCGUCAACGUGAUGCACCACCGAAAAGACCUGUGGGGGGACGACGCGCACGAGUUUGCGCCCGAGCGCUGGGUUGACCGCAAGCACGGCUGGGAGUACCUGCCGUUCAACGGAGGGCCGCGCAUCUGCCUCGGGCAGCAGUUUGCGCUGACCGAGGCGGCGUACGUCGUCGUGCGGACGCUGCAGAGGUAUGGCAAGAUUGAGAACAUGGACCCGGAGACGGUGACGAAGCAUCAGUAUGCCCUGACCACGGCGCCGGCCAAGGUGUCGGUCAGGUUGUUCCAGGCGAAUUAG